UUGCUGGGGCAGGUUUUUUUUUUUAAAGAUUAGGAUCGAAAAUAGAGGAGAAAAAAGGAAUAAAAUAACAUUAAAAUAAACAACGAAAUAAUUACUUAAAAAAAAAUAUUUUCAUCUCACAGUUUUAUUUAAUACUUGUGUGUGUCUCUUUAUUCACUUAUGUUAGAUUUUUUUUUCCACCAAAAGCUUAACUGAACUUUUUAACUAUAGUAGCCUAGCUUUACUAAACUUUUUCUUUUAGAGUUAGAGAUUCUAGAACAUCAAUAAUGUUGGAAUUAUGAAUGCAUGUUUGACAUAUUGUGACAGUCCCUGUAAUGAAGAAGUGUUUUAUUUCAACCAUCUGCAGUUUUCUGGUGUGAUCGAGCCAUUCUGCAGGUGCAAGUCACCCUGACACCAUCGAAUUACUUCACACCUCCAGUGGUUCUAGUGCACUUGCAGGGAUGGAAAUAGUUCAACUCGAGCUACACUCUUUCACUUUGGAAUCUAUCCCACUUGCUGUGCUAGGCUGCUAGGAUUUGGUUCUAUCUACAAUCUAUUUACUUCAAGUUUGGAAUUCUCUUCUUUGAUGUUUCAAUUGAAUUCGGAUUUCAGUGUUUUAUUUCAUUUUGGUUGUCUUAUAAAUGAGAGAUUAUGUUCUGACACCUGAGUGUACCUACGAUUUCUCAAAGGACCGUAACUCUAGAUUUUCAAUUGGAUGGUAUUCUUGUUUGGUCUCGUGUUAAACGGUUGAUUGAAAUGCUGGCCUGAGGUCAAGUCGCUCUCAGCAACUUUUGGCGAUUGAGGGUUCUCAAAGACGACCUCCAAUUAGGACAGACAUGGCGACUGUCUUCGCAGACAUAGGCGUCGGACCGAGUUGACCCCUCCUUCUCCUCUCCCGUCCGUGUGAAUCUCCGUAGUAUAAUCCUACAGAGUCUACAACUAACCAACAAACAAACUCUAAAUCACGUGACCAGGUCGAGACUUAUACGUGGGUCAAGAUGACUUCAGAACUAGGAGGCGUGGCCGAACAGGCGGCCGUGAUCAUGAUCUUCCCAGGUUUGGACAACGACACUGGAAAGUCGUCUGCUGUCAGUGACCUCUUCUCAAACAGGUCGUCCAGCAACACCACAAUGAUCAACCCCUACGACGUUCCGAAGGGCCUGAUCGUACUGCUGGCUUUUCUUUACGGCUCCAUCUCAUUACUGGCCGUGAUAGGGAAUGGACUGGUCAUUCUGGUCAUCGUCAAGAACCGAAGAAUGCAUACGGUUACAAACAUUUUUAUCGCAAAUUUAGCAGUCUCGGAUGUUAUAAUUGGACUCUUUUCAAUACCAUUUCAGUUUCAGGCGGCGCUACUUCAGAGGUGGGUGCUAGCUAACUUCAUGUGCCCUCUGUCCCCCUUUGUCCAGGUCGUCAGCGUCAACGUUAGCAUCUUCACGCUGAGCGUCAUCGCCGUGGACCGCUACAUCGCGGUCAUUCACCCGUUCAAGGCGGGCUGCUCCAAAAAGUCCGCCGCCAUCAUCAUCAGCGUCAUCUGGGCGGUGGGCGUCGGGGCGGGCAUCCCGGUGCCCAUGUUCUACUGGGUGGUGGACGACAUUGUGGACGUGAACAUGACCGCCCCGCGCUGCAGCAGGCACGCGCCCAAUAACUGGACAGACUUUCACGUGUACUACAACACGCUGCUGGUGUGCUUUCAGUAUCUGCUGCCCUUGGUCAUCAUCACCUUCUGCUACUGCAGGAUCGCCUGGCACAUUUGGGGCUCGAGGCGACCUGGUGCUCACGUGACCAACGAGGACGUACGAGGCAGGAAUAAAAGAAAGGUGGUCAAGAUGAUGAUCAUUGUAGUUUGCCUCUUCGUCCUGUGCUGGUUGCCUUUGCAAAUUUAUAACUUACUUGACAACAUUUGUCCACUCAUUAACGAUUAUCUGUACAUCAAUAUCAUCUGGUUCUCUUCUCAUUGGUUGGCCAUGAGCAACUCCUGCUACAACCCGUUCAUCUAUGGACUACUCAAUGAGAAGUUCAAACGAGAGUUCCGUCAGCUGUUCGCCCAGUUCCCAUGUUGGAAGGCCAGCAGUGACCACUACACGGAAUAUUUUUCUGAGGAUGCCAACAUAUUUCGACGAGCCAAUGGGAACUGUUCAGCCAACAGCAGACACGGAGCUGUGCGAUACAACUUUUACCGCGAAGACAAGAAAGUCUACGUCAAACAAUGCCAAGUACCAGCAGACGAGACUGAAACGUCCAACAUAUAAAUCAUGAAAUGAUCUGCAAUUUAAACCAUUCGUUUAAGUCUGACAGUCAAGCGUAUGCCAUACAAGAAAUGAUGUCACUUCAAUUUUCAUUAUUAUAAUUUGUUUGUUGUUGUUUUUUUUUGCUUUCAUCGUUCGCUACUUGUCACCACUGCCAUUAAAAGACAAUUGUAAAAAAUUAGCAAAUCUUUUGGAUGAAUUACGGUACGAUGAGAUUUCAAAGCAAAGAAAAACUUCUCAAAUAUUGUAUCUCCUGUAUGUCUUACAAAAGCAACACUCUAUGAAGCUAAUCGUACAUUGACCUUUGAAUGUAUCUUGUUUGAGAAGUGUUCUAGGAAGUUUGUUUUACGUUUAUCUCUAUAUUCAAAGUAUGUAUAUAAUGUGUACUUUAAAAACUUUGUUUACCAUUUGUAUGAUUGUCUACUUUUGAUUUGAACUGUAAUCGCUAUAAUCAGUUUGUAAAUGGCCUAAUUCGGUCUGAAAUCAAUGUAAUUAAACCACGAUAUUAUAAACAUAUUUUUUAACCCUAAAUGUUUCAAUUAUCAGAAGUGAAUCUUACGAUAUGUCCUACAAAAUGUUUUCUGUAUUAGAAAUAUAUUUGUUAAAAAGCAUCAUAUGUGAGAGCGAAGAUCACGUGACCAUGAGCUCCAGAUAAACUCUUGCAGCAUUUAAAAAGGGAUUAGAUAUUUCAUGUAACCAACUUUUGUGAUAGAUUCGUUACUAAUUCUCUGCAGUUUAACACAAGCUGCGUAAGUUUGUACAUUCGCCGCCAAGAUUACUUUGGCGGAAGACAUUCAGUCAACAAGCCUUCCAGAGAAGGCAAAAACUCCAUGUUGGCCUCAUUCUGAACUCCGUGCUGGCCUCAUUCUAAACUCCGUGCUGGCCUUUAUUCUGAACUCUGUGCUGGCCUCAUUCUGAACUCACAGAGGCCCUUAAAUAUAUGUUGGAGAUUUUAAAAACGUAUAUGUGUCGAUUUCUUACAAAGCUUAUGUUGUUUAUUAGUAGUUUUUAUUAAACUAUAUUUCUGCACCAGCUUAGGAAAGUUGGAAGCAGGAUCAUAUUCUUGAACCUGGCCCACUAGAAACUGUGGGAGCUAUUGAAUGGUCUAGAAUCUAGAUCCACUAUCUUACUGGCGACAACGUUAGUCUAUGAGCUGAGUAGUCACGUGGUGCCGUUAAAGUGGCAAGUGGGAUGGAGGUCUAAUUCUUUGCUUUAAUAUAUAUAUAUAUAUAUAUAUAUAUAUAUAUAUAUAUAUAUAUAUAUAUAU